AUGACUCCAGGGCUCGUAUCUGAUCAAUCUGAAAGCGUUCUUCUCGGUACUAAGCCAACCGUGUAUGUCUUGGAUUCAUUUCAGCCUGAGAUCAUCGACUUCUGCAAACAAAACUUCAACGCAAUCCUACCUGGACAAUCCGAACAUGCCAACUGGAAGGAAAACGCUCGUUUUCUUCUUGUGCGGAACUCGCGUCUCACAGCUGAGGAUAUCGCUGCUUGCCCGCAUCUCCUUGCAAUAGGGAAGCAGGGUGUCGGAAUUGACAAGAUCGAUGCUGAGGCCUGCUCUAGACGUGGCAUCAAAAUCUUCAACACACCCGGCGUCAAUGCGCGAGCUGUGGCCGAACUUGUUCUGACUUUGACGACAGCCGUAGCAAGACAAGUGGGAAGCAUUACACGGAAACAAACUUCUGGUAUUCUUGUACCCAAGGAGAAGUGCUCGGGUAUCAUUUUGCACCGAAAGACGAUUGGCGUACUCGGCAUGGGCAACAUUGGAAAGGCUGUCGCCCAGAUUUUCCGCGGAGCGUUCGAAGCUGACGUUGUGGCUUACGACCCUUAUUUGCCUCACGACGCCUGGUCUGAUAUUCCUCAUCGCCGAGCCCAGACGGUAUCGGAUCUGUUAUCAGUUUCCGACGUGGUGACGGUCCAUAUGCCGUUGACAUCCACCACUAGAGAUCUCAUGGGGUACAAGCAGUUCAAAAUCAUGAAGAGAACGGCCAUAGUCAUCAACACAGCUCGAGGAGGCAUCAUCAACGAGUGUGAAUUGGAGCAAGCCUUGUCAGAAGGCCUCAUCUGGGGCGCUGGUCUAGACUGUCACGAGGAGGAACCCCCUAGCAGGGAGAAAUACGGAUCGUUGUGGGACGUUGGUGCGGUUAGUACGCCGCACAUUGGGGCAGCGACGAGAGAGACUCAAGUCCAAACGGGCAUGGCAGCAGCUACUAAGCUGUUUGAAUACGCGAGGAGUAGGGCGUAG